AUGUUUCGCCUGUUGCUUGUAUCUGCGCUCCCUCUGGCAACCCUCUGCUUCAGUUUGAGACCUGCUACCCAAUUGCGUCCUUUUUUGAUACCGGUAUCCAUUUCUGCUGCAAGUCCUGUUCGAGUUCCUCGAUCGGACUUGGCCAUUACCGCCGGCGCCUUUUUCAGUGCUAACGGCGACGAACCUCAGGAUGCUGUCCUUCGCAGUCUGGAGAAGAAAGAAGCCAAGAUGCGAAAGCAAGCAGAAGAAGCACAAUCCAAAUUGAGCAUGGCAGAAGCCACUAUUGAAAUGUUACAGUCCAAAAAGCAAGAAUAUCUGAAUGGACUCAGUUUGGCCAAGACUCCACCAGGCGGUAACUUUUCGGAAACGGCUGUGCGAUCGGCGGUCAAGGCCUUCCUUUGGCGUAUUGUUGCGGGCACUGUCACCUUUAUCACAUCGUACAGGUUUUCGGGAUCUGUCACUACAGCACUGUCCAUUGUGGGAUCGGAUUUCUUCUCAAAGGCUUUCACAAUGUUUUUUGGGGAGCGCUUGAUGAACAAGAGCAAAGCAGGACGAGCAUCUGGCAGUGAUGGCAUUGGGCGUUCCCUGACCAAGGCCCUUAUUUGGAGGCUUUUUGCCAUAGCCAACACUUUGACAAUGGCAUUCUUUGUGGCCAAGGAUUUGAGCAUUGCCUCUAAAAUUGCCGGAUCAGAUGCUAUUUUCAAGACAGCCCUCAUGUUCUUUUACGAACGAAUCUGGGCCAGAAUUCAAUGGGGCAAGGAGUAUGAAAUUGAGUUUUCGAUUUAA